UUCAGUGAGGCCUGCAUGGCUGAUAUGUGCUACUGCGCAAACAACGAUUCCUCCUGCCUCUGCAAAACCAUCUCUGAGUUCUCCAGACAGUGUGUGCACGCCGGCGGCAUGCCCCAGCAGUGGAGGAGCGAAAAUUUCUGCCCCCAAAGCUGUCCCUACAACAUGGAGUUCUUGGAGUGCAGCAGCGCCUGUCCUGACACCUGCUCCAAUCCUGAGGCCAGCCAAACCUGCGACAGCCACUGCAUCGACAGCUGCACCUGCCCCCCUGGGACCGUCUAUGAUGACAUCAGCAAGAGCGGCUGUGUUAAAGUCAAAGAGUGUCCCUGUGCGCACAACGGCAGGGUGUACAGCUCGGGGGAAUCGUACUCCACCAACUGCAGGACCUGUGUGUGUGAUGGCGGCCAGUGGACCUGCACAGAGAAGGACUGUCCAGUUACCUGCUCUGUGGAGGGCGGAGCCCACAUCAACACCUUCGACGGCAAAGUCUACACCUUCCAUGGAGACUGCUCCUACGUACUGACCACGCAAUGUGACAGCUUCCUGUUCACCGUGCUGGUGGAUCUGGUGAAGUGCGGCCUGUCGGACAGCGAGAGCUGCCUCCGAGCCGUCACCCUGUCCUUGUACAGCCAGUCUGUGCUUGUCAAAGUCCAGGCAGGAGGACAAGUCCACGUGAACCACAUCCUCUCCCAGCUCCCACUCUUCACACCCGAGAUCAGCGUCUUCCGCCCGUCUUCCUUCUACAUCGUCAUCGACACCAAGGUGGGCCUGCAGCUGAUGGUGCAGCUGUCUCCCAUCAUGCAGGUCUUCGUCACAGCCACCACCUCACUUCAAGGGACCACCUGUGGUCUGUGUGGAAACUUCAACAACAAGAUGUCUGACGACUUCAGAGUGAUGAGCGGGCUGGUGGAGGGCACGGCUGUGGCGUUUGCCAACACCUGGAAAACCCGAGCCAGCUGCCCCGAGAUCAAGGCUCGCUUCGGCCACCCCUGCAGCCAGGGGGUCAGCAACGAGCGCUAUGCCCAGUACUGGUGCUCCAUGCUGACCGACCCGAUGGGGGUGUUCUCCUCCUGCCACAGCAUCAUCAGCCCUGAGACCUACAAGGACAACUGCAUGUACGACAGCUGCAACUGUGACAACAGCGAGGCCUGCAUGUGUGCUGCCGUCUCCUCGUAUGUCUACGCCUGCUCAGCGGCAGGAGUGCAGCUCAGCGGCUGGAGGACCACCAUCUGCAGCAAAUACUCCAGCAACUGUCCACCUGAGACGGUGUACGGCUACAGCAUGACCACCUGCGAGCGCACCUGCCGCUCCCUCAGCCAGACCGACUACUCGUGCCAGGUGAACGUCACCGCCGUGGACGGCUGCGGCUGCCAACAGGGAACCUACAUGAACGAGGACGGCCACUGCGUCAACAGCAGCAGCUGCCCCUGCUACGACAAGGACACCAUCAUCCCCGCGGGACAGGCCGUCAGCAACGACGGCUCCUCAUGCAUGUGCAAGCAGGGAGUGCUGAGCUGCUCGGGCAAAAACAAAGUGCACGCCUCGCCGUCCUGCACUCCUCCCAUGAUUUACUUUGACUGCUCCACCGCUCAGCCUGGAGCCACCGGGACAGAGUGCCUGAAGAGCUGCAACACAAUGGACAUGGCCUGUAUCAGCACGGGCUGCAUGUCGGGCUGCGUGUGUCCUGACGGCCUGCUGUCAGACGGCAGAGGAGGCUGCAUCAACGAGACCGACUGUCCCUGCACGCACAACGGAUUGGUCUACCAGCCUGGACAGACGCUGACUGUGGAGUGCAACACCUGCGUUUGCAGAGGCAGGAAGUUCAUAUGUACCGACAACGUGUGUGAUGGCGUUUGUGGCAUCUACGGUGACGGCCACUACAUGACAUUUGACGACAAGAGGUACGACUUCAGCGGCGUGUGUGAAUACACCCUCCUCCAGGACUACUGCGGCAACGACCAGGGCAACGGCACCUUCAGAGUGAUCACGGAGAACGUUCCCUGUGGCAGCUUAGGAACCACCUGCUCCAAGACCAUCAAGAUCUUCCUCGGGGCGAACGAGUUCCAGCUGAAAGAUGAUGACUUCCACGUGGUGAAGGGCAGCAUCACGGUGUUACCCAGCCAGGUGCGCAAGAUGGGCAACUACCUGGUGGUGGUGGUGAAGCAGGGACUCGUGCUCACAUGGGACCAGAAGACCAGCCUCUUCAUCAAACUCAGCCCCGACUACCAGGGUCAAGUGUGUGGUCUGUGUGGGAACUACGACGGCGACAGUAAGAACGACUUCACCACACGCUCCAACGAGAAGGUGGUGGAUGUUCUGACCUUCGGGAACAGCUGGAAGGUUUCGGCGAGCUGCCCCGACGCCGAGCUCACCAGCGACCCCUGCGCCUCCAACCCCUACCGCGCCUCCUGGUCCCAGAAACAGUGCAGCAUCAUCAACAGCGUCACCUUCCAGGCCUGUCACUCAAAGAUCGACCCCGGUCCGUUCUUUGACUCGUGUGUGAGAGACUCCUGUGCGUGUGACAGCGGGGGCGACUGCGAGUGUUUCUGCACCGCCGUGGCUUCCUACGCCAAAGCCUGCAACGAAGCCGGAGCCUGCAUCAAGUGGAGAACCCCCAAGAUCUGCCCUAUUUUCUGUGACUACUACAACUCUCCCGAUGAGUGUGAGUGGCACUACAAGCCCUGUGGAGCUCCCUGUAUGAAGACAUGCAGGAACCCAACAGGAAACUGCUCCAGCCUCAUCACGGCACUGGAAGGCUGCUACCCACAGUGCCCACCCGAGCAGCCGUACUUCAAUGAAGACGACAUGAACUGUGUCUCAAGGGAGCAGUGUGGCUGCUACGAUGACCAAGGCAACCAAUACAGUGUCGGCGCCAAGACUCCAUCAGAAAACUGUUACAUCUGCUCCUGUACAAUGACUGGAUUGAGGUGCACCUACAAUGUGAACAGCUGUACAUGCUACAUUAAUGGUAAAAUCUAUCCGUAUGGAGCGACGAUCUACAACACUACGGAUGGGCUUGGAAACUGCAUCACGGCUCAGUGUGGGCCCAAUGGAACCAUAACCAGGGACAUAUACCCAUGCAAAACCACUACCACCCCUGGUCCUACAACAACUACCUCCCAGGUCACUACAGUUGGCAAGAGCACAACUACAGCCACAACUGUAGAAACAGGCACAACGAAGCCAACAACAGCUGAGACAAGGACAACACAGCCAACCACAGUUGAAACCACUGGCCCAACAACUGCUUCCACCACAACUAUUGUUGAAACUACCACUACAGCUGCUCCGACAUCAACAGCCAGUCCUGAAACAACAGUUGUAUCUUCCAGACCCACAGUGGUUACCACAACAACUAGUGUGCCAUCAACAACUGCAACAGCAACUACAGCCACAACUGUAGAAACAGGCACAACGAAGCCAACAACAGCUGAGACAAGGACAACACAGCCAACCACAGUUGAAACCACUGGCCCAACAACUGCUUCCACCACAACUAUUGUUGAAACUACCACUACAGCUGCUCCGACAUCAACAGCCAGUCCUGAAACAACAGUUGUAUCUUCCAGACCCACAGUGGUUACCACAACAACUAGUGUGCCAUCAACAACUGCAACAGCAACUACAGCCACAACUGUAGAAACAGGCACAACGAAGCCAACAACAGCUGAGACAAGGACAACACAGCCAACCACAGCUGAAACCACUGGCCCAACAACUGCUUCCACCACAACUAUUGUUGAAACUACCACUACAGCUGCUCCGACUUCAACAGCCAGUCCUGAAACAACAGUUGUAUCUUCCAGACCCACAGUGGUUACCACAACAACUAGUGUGCCAUCAACAACUGCAACAGCAACUACAGCCACAACUGUAGAAACAGGCACAACGAAGCCAACAACAGCUGAGACAAGGACAACACAGCCAACCACAGUUGAAACCACUGGCCCAACAACUGCUUCCACCACAACUAUUGUUGAAACUACCACUACAGCUGCUCCGACUUCAACAGCCAGUCCUGAAACAACAGUUGUAUCUUCCAGACCCACAGUGGUUACCACAACAACUAGUGUGCCAUCAACAACUGCAACAGCAACUACAGCCACAACUGUAGAAACAGGCACAACGAAGCCAACAACAGCUGAGACAAGGACAACACAGCCAACCACAGUUGAAACCACUGGCCCAACAACUGCUUCCACCACAACUAUUGUUGAAACUACCACUACAGCUGCUCCGACUUCAACAGCUAGUCCUGAAACAACAGUUGUAUCUUCCAGACCCACAGUGGUUACCACAACAACUAGUGUGCCAUCAACAACUGGAACAGCAACUACAGCCACAACUGUUGAAACAGGCACAACGAAGCCAACAACAGCUGAGACAAGGACAACACAGCCAACCACAGUUGAAACCACUGGCCCAACAACUGCUUCCACCACAACUAUUGUUGAAACUACCACUACAGCUGCUCCGACUUCAAGAGCCAGUCCUGAAACAACAGUUGUAUCUUCCAGACCCACAGUGGUUACCACAACAACUAGUGUGCCAUCAACAACUGCAACAGCAACUACAGCCACAACUGUAGAAACAGGCACAACGAAGCCAACAACAGCUGAGACAAGGACAACACAGCCAACCACAGUUGAAACCACUGGCCCAACAACUGCUUCCACCACAACUAUUGUUGAAACUACCACUACAGCUGCUCCGACUUCAAGAGCCAGUCCUGAAACAACAGUUGUAUCUUCCAGACCCACAGUGGUUACCACAACAACUAGUGUGCCAUCAACAACUGCAACAGCAACUACAGCCACAACUGUAGAAACAGGCACAACGAAGCCAACAACAGCUGAGACAAGGACAACACAGCCAACCACAGUUGAAACCACUGGCCCAACAACUGCUUCCACCACAACUAUUGUUGAAACUACCACUACAGCUGCUCCGACUUCAACAGCUAGUCCUGAAACAACAGUUGUAUCUUCCAGACCCACAGUGGUUACCACAACAACUAGUGUGCCAUCAACAACUGCAACAGCAACUACAGCCACAACUGUUGAAACAGGCACAACGAAGCCAACAACAGCUGAGACAAGGACAACACAGCCAACCACAGUUGAAACCACUGGCCCAACAACUGCUUCCACCACAACUAUUGUUGAAACUACCGAAACAGGCACAACGAAGCCAACAACAGCUGAGACAAGGACAACAGCCACAACUGUAGAAACAGGCACAACGAAGCCAACAACAGCUGAGACAAGGACAACACAGCCAACCACAGGCACAACGAAGCCAACAACAGCUGAGACAAGGACAACACAGCCAACCACAGUUGAAACCACUGGCCCAACAACUGCUUCCACCACAACUAUUGUUAAAACUACCACAACAGCUGCUCCGACUUCAAGAGCCAGUCCUGAAACAACAGUUGUAUCUUCCAGACCCACAGUGGUUACCACAACAACUAGUGUGACAACAACUAGUGUGCCAUCAUCAACUGCAACAGCAACUACAACCCACUGUGAAACACUUCCCGGUACUACAAUUAUUGUCACAACUGCUGCUACCACUUCACAAGUCGUCAUCUCUGGAUCGACUACCGGAACUACAAAAGAAACACUUUCUCCUGUCGUAAACACAACACUAUCACCAUUUACCACUGUUAGUGUUAGCCCUUCAACACUCUACUCAACCACGCCAUGUGUCUGCGUAGUCAAUGGGACAACGUAUCAUCCUGGGGAUAGGGUGUAUAAUGUCACUGAUCGUUUGGGCUGGUGUUACGUGGGAUAUUGUGGAGCGUCUUGUAAAGUCGAGACAGAGUCUGUCCCAUGUCCAACAACAUCACCGCCCAGCACGACCGUCGGCUCUACUACAACACAGUUCAGCACCACGUCAGCUAAGAGUACAGUUUCGUCAACCUCAGUUAGUCCCACAGUGUCCUCCACGACGGCUGCUCCAACGCCAACAACACCACCAUCUACAACUGCUCAAGACUGUAGUGACGAGGAUCCACCAAGAAAGAAUGGAGAGUCCUGGCAGAUGGACAACUGCACCACAGCCAUAUGCGUCAAUGGCAAGGUUAUCAAGACCCCUGCUGCCUGUCCCACAGCUCCACAGCCCAUCUGCGCCAACGGACGCAAGCUCGUCAAAGUUCCUGACUCUACUGGAUGCUGCUUCCACUAUGAAUGCGAAUGUGUGUGCAGUGGCUGGAGCAAAUCCCACUAUUUGACAUUUGACGGAAAAAAUUACACUUUCAAGGAGAACUGCUCCUAUUACCUGGUCAAAGAGAUCGUUCCUAAAUACAACCUGACUAUUAUUGUUGACAACCACUACUGUAACCCGUCAGGCAGCUCCUUCUGCCCCCAGGCGCUCAUUGUCAACUACGAGUCCGACGAGGUCGUCUUGACUCAGCUGAAGGAUCAAGAAACGAUAAUCAACGUGGUGUACGUGAACGGAAGGCGGGUCUAUCCCGCCUACAGCAAUGGUACCUUCAUCAUCACCAGCACGGACAUGGUGGUCACGCUGGAGAUCCCAGACAUCGAGACCAUGGUGGUUUACAGGGGCUCGUCUUUCAGCAUCGACCUGCCCCAGUCGCUCUUCAGCAGCAACACCGAGGGACAGUGUGGAACCUGCGACAACUCGCAGCAGAACGACUGCCGCUCGCCCAACGGCCAGCUGGAGAGCUGCUCGGUGUCGGCGGGCCAGUGGCGCGUCCCGGGCACAUCCUGCGGCACCACCCCGCCGCCCCUCAUCACCUUUGCACCCACGACGCCCCAACCAACCACCCCUACCAAAGCACCCUGCAGUCCUGAUGUCUGUGGCCUCCUGACCAGCAGCGUGUUUGAGCAGUGCCACUCCGUCGUGCCCGUGGCUCCGUUUGAGGAGGCCUGCAGGUCAGACAAGUGCAAUGAGACCUGCGUCAGCCUGGAGGCCUACGCUCUCGAGUGCUCCAACAAGGGGGUCUGCAUCAACUGGAGGAACGCCACCAGCGGACACUGUGAGCCCAAGUGUCCAGUUGACAAGGUGUACAAGCCCUGUGGCACUACUGUGGAGCCCACAUGCAAUGAGAGGUACAACGAGAAGUUCGGGGCAGAGAAGGUGCCGUCCGGCAACAUCACCAGGGAGGGCUGCUUCUGUCCCGACGACACCACGCUGUUCAACACCGUCUACGGCGUGUGUGUCGUCUCCUGCGACUGCGUCGGCCCGGACGGCAAACCCAAACAGCCUGGUGACACGUGGACGAGCGGCUGCCAUCAGUGUGUGUGUGACAGAGACUCCAUGAGCAUCCAGUGCGAGCCUGUGCAGUGCCCGUCGACGCCCAGCCUGAACUGCAGCAAGCCCGGCCAGCGGCUCGUCAACAACACCGACGGCUGCUGCCCCAAGCUGACCUGCGAGUGUGACGUGGAUCUGUGUCCUGACCCCAUCACCUGCCAGCCGGGCUUCCAGCUCAACAGCAGCAAGACGGACGGCGACUGCUGCCGGGCGUAUCACUGCGUUCCUAAAGACGUGUGUGUCCACAACAACACGGAGUACCAGCCGGGCUCCAAGGUGCCCACAGAUCCGGACUCCUGUAAGGAGUGUCAGUGCAGCAGCAGCAAGAACUCGAGCACCCAGCUGCACAUCGUCACCUGCAAACCCAUCGUCUGUGACAAGACCUGCUCCAAAGGUUUUGAGUACCAGCCGGUGGCGGGUGAGUGCUGUGGGAAAUGUGUUCAGACCGCCUGCAUCAUCACACUGCCGGACAACACCACAGCCGUCAUCCAGGUGAACCAGACCUGGUCGCCCCCAGGUGAGAAGUGUGUGAGGUACACCUGCACCAACAGCAGCGGGCCGCCGAUCCUGGAGAAGUCAGAGACCGUGUGUCCGCCCUACGACCCGCAGCUCUGUGUGCCCGGCACAGAGACGAGUGACGCCGCCGGCUGCUGCAUGACCUGUAAGCCGAAGAAUGUGUGUGACGUCCAGAGCAAGCCCGCCGUCAUCGAGGUGGACGGAUGUGUCAGCCCCAACCCCGUCAACAUCUCGUCCUGCGUGGGACAGUGUGAGAGCUCCUCCAUAUACUCGGCGGAAGCGAACAAGCUGCAGCACGACUGCGAGUGUUGCCAGGAGACCAGCAGCCGGCAGGAGCAGGUGGAGCUCACCUGCGCCGACGGCUCCACCCGCAAACACACCUACAUCAUCAUCGAGGCCUGCAGCUGCGUCACCAGCAAGUGUGUGCCCGGCUCGUCACCAACACCGGCCCCGCAGCGCCGCAGGAGGCGCUGAACACACACACACACACACACACACACACACUGACCCCUGACGCCCACUUAACUGAAGCUCUACAAACACUAUGCAACAGAAUGUAAUGUGUAUCAGUGUAAUUAUUUAUAACAUAUGUACUUCUAAAUUGUGACCUUACAGCACUUUGUCAACGUCACACUUAA